AUGUCAACAAUCGAGCUGGAACAGCAAAUCUCCGCCAGCAGCCCGGUUCACGAUGGCCACGGGCAGAAAGCUUCCUCAUUGUCCGGCAAAAUUCUUAUAGGACUAACCGGUGGCAUUGCAGUGGGUCUUUCCAUCGUCUGCUAUCCAUUCGUAGCUCCGGCACUUCGUCGACACUGUCUACCGUUUGUUCCGGCCACACCGAAACAGAUUCGAAAUGUGCUUUCGUUUGUAAAACCAUCGACCACUGGUAGUCGACUGUUGGACAUCGGUUCCGGUGAUGGAAGAAUCGUAAUAGCGGCGGCACGCACCCAACCAUCGAUUAAGGCGGACGGUGUGGAGCUUAACCCAUGGCUGGUUUACUAUUCUCGAUUGGCCGCGUUACGCAAUGGGGUUUUCAAUCGAACCAGCUUCUUUCGAAAAGAUCUCUGGAAGUUUAGCCUCGCACCGUACGAUCAUAUUGUCAUUUUUGGCGUGGAGCAAAUGAUGGAGGAUUUGGAGAAGAAAAUUCUUUCGGAAGCAGCACCAGGCACUACAGUAAUCGCUUGCCGUUUUCCGUUUCCCUCCAUGAAGACGGUGGAUCGAAUAGAGGAAGGCGUUGAUUCGGUGUGGUUAUACCGACCGAUUGUCAAACCCAUCUCCUAAGACGCUCCAAACGAUGUCUAACCUGCACGGUCAUACGUUAGUAUAGUAGUUCUUUUCUUGUGUUUACAAUACAAUGUAGGAUAAUUUGACUACUCGGUUAACUAGUCUUUGUUAAAUUUUGUAUUUAAACGGAAGGCACGGUUAGUAGAAACCGUGAAAUACAAAGUUCUUACGCUAUGGUAAAUGUCCCCUUAAAAAGUAAUACCAAAACGCAGUGUCUUAACCAAUUUUCCCCGAUGGCCACAAAACAUGAAAAUGGAAAGUAGAAAUAAUAGAGAUACAACCAUCAUUGAGAAGACUAGUGCUACGAUUAAAAUAACAUAAUGCUUCCGAGAAAGAAUUCCGUAAACCCGAGAGAGUGGUGUAUGCACUACUCCACGGGCACUUCGACGUUAAUUUCUUCCCGAUUUUGAUUCCAUUCGUGCAAAUCGAUGCCAAGCUGGGACUUCAUUACCUUCAACGUGUUACCAAUGAUUUGUUUAUGGUAAACUUGUCGUAUGUUGAAUCCUAUUUUUAAAUAAAUCUCUCGCACAUCCUGA